AUGGCUCAAGCAUUUGUGAACAGCAAAAUGCAGCCUGCGAAGGUUGUGGUCUUCAUCAAACCCACCUGCCCCUAUUGCAGAAGGACACAGGAGCUCCUCAGCCAAUUGCCCUUCAAAGAAGGGCUUCUGGAAUUUGUUGAUAUCACCACCACCAGUGAUACCAAUGAGAUUCAAGAUUAUCUGCAACACCUCAGAGGAGCCAAAACGGUACCUCAGUUCUUUAUCAGUAAAGAGAGUAUAGGUGGAUGCACCGAGCUAGUAACCAUGCAUGAGAAGGGGGAGCUGUUCACUUGCCUGAAGUAA